CAUGGCGGGCGCCGUGCGGGGCCCGGGCGGGGGAGGCACUGUGGGCCGCUCCCGGGACCCCGCCGUGUACCGCUCCCGGGACCCCGUCCGCAACCUGCGCCUGCGGGUCCGCAUCCAGCGGGUCGCGUCCGCAGGGCCCGUCCUGCCGCAGGCGCCGCCGCCGCUCGCCGGCCCCGAGCGCUCGGGCCGGGCCGGCAGCGUCGCAGGGGAGGGAGCGGUGCCGCUGGCGGUGAUCGGGGCCUCUCCCGCGGGCGCCCGGCGGCCCCCGGAGAACGACGAGGAGGAGGAGGCCGAGGUGGGGUGGCAGGAGAAGCUGUUCAGCCAGUUUGAGGUUGAUCUGUACCUGAAUGAGUCAGCCUGCCAGACUCCCCUGGACCGGCAGUACCAUGAGGAGAUCCGGAAACUGGAGAAGGCUGGAGGUCGGAAGAACUAUCGCAUCUUCACCUACACUGACCACGACCGAUUCACCAACCUAGAGGAGCUCUGCCAGAAGGUAACUGACUCAGAUCAUGAGGUGCCAUCGUACCUGGCCGAGAGGAUGGCCAAUGUGAGGAGGAGAAGACAGGACCGUAGGCCAGUAGAACCGAGUUCUCUGAAGUCGAAAAUCAUCACCUGGGAACCCUCGGAAGAAUUUAUAAAGAACAAUCAUGUGAUUAACACUCCUGUCCAGACCAUGUACAUCAUGGGGGACUUGGGACCUUAUGGGAAGCUUGGUAAUAGAGAGUAUGAACAUGUUCUUUGCACAAUCAAGGUGGAUGGCAAUGGGGUGAUCACAGUGAAGCCUGAUUUCACUGGCACAAAAGGACCCUACCGGAUCGAGCUGGAUGGAGAGAAGCGAGAGGUGUGGGAAUACACCAUCGAGAAUGCCUCUGCCCAGGUGCAGCCAGAGGAGGAGGAGCGUGAGCAGCGCAUGUUCAGAGACCUCUAUGGUCGGCACAGAGAUUACCUCAAUGGGCUCGUGGGCUCAGAGUUUGAAAUGCCUCUUCCUGGUACUCUGAGACUUUUUGUGAACGGAGAAAUAGUUUCAGCUCAAGGCUAUGAGUAUGACAACCUUUAUGUGCAUUUCUUCCUGGAGCUUCCUAACCAGUGGUCGAGCCCCCCAUUCCAGCAGCUCUCAGGAGUGACACAGACCUGCACCACCAAGAAAGUGGGCUGGGAUAAGGUGGCACACUUUUGCUACCCCUUCACUGUGGAGAUGUUUUACACCCUAGAAGAUGAAGACAGUCUCCCUCAGUGGCCUGUUCUCUACUUCGAGGUCCUAUCCCUGGAUUUCUGGCAGAGGUAUCGUGUAGAAGGAUACGGGUCCUUGGUGCUGCCAGCAUCUCCAGGUGCCCACGUGCUCACCGUCCCUACCUGGCGCCCCGUGGAGCUGGGGACAGUGGCUGAGAUGAGGAGGUUUUUCAUUGGGGGAUCUCCUGAGCUGGAGGACUUAACCUACGUCCGGGUACCAUCGACCUUCAAGGGAAAGCGCCUGAGCCGCUUUGGUUUCCGGACGGAGACCACGGGGAGCGUCACAUUCCGGCUGCACUGCCUGCAGCAGUCCAAAGCCUUCCUGGAGAGCAGUGCCCUGAGGCAGCGCAUGCAGAGUGUCCUGGACCGGCUGGGAGGCUUCAGCCAGCAGAGCUCUGUCUACAACGUUCUGGAGGCCUUCCAGCGGGCACGGCGCCGGAUGCAGGAAGCACGGGAGAGCCUUCCUCAGGAUCUCAUCAGCCCCUCUGCCUCCUCCAUGCCCCGGCCACAGGACCUGUGA